CCACCUUCUCUUCGAUUUUCAUUUCCCAAGUUUACGCGGGUCCAACAGACAAUACGAUUUUCUCUCCUCUCUCUAUGCACUCCCCCUCCAUCUUUUUCCAUUCACAUAAACAAAAUCACCGAAACGUACCAAUCAGCAACCCUACGUCGAUUCUCCGGCUUCUUCAACAUGGAUUAUUGAUCCAUGAUCAAUCUUAUUAAGAUUUUCUCAAUUGUGGAAACAAGCCAAAGAUGUCUACAUUCGAGGGUGUCUUUGUCAAUGAUCCAUGGCUUCAGAGCCAAUUCACACAAGUGGAGCUUCGUAAACUUAGAACCAAAUUUAUUUCAGCAAGAAAUCAAGCCGGCACAGUCAAAAUAGUAGAUUUACCGCCAGUUUUGGCAAAAUUAAAGCCCUUCAAUGAAGUAUCAAGCCAAGAUGAGGUCUCACGUAUGCUAGGUGACUCUUAUAGUGAUUUGGCCAAAGAUUUGGAUUUUGAGGGGUUCCUUCGGGUAUAUUUAAAUUUACAAGCUCGAGCAAGUGCAAAAUUGGGUACUUCAAAAACUUUCAGAACUACUUCAUCUUUUGUCAAGUCCGGUGCAACCACCCUUCGCCAUAGCAUUAGUGAGACAGAAAAAGCUUCAUAUGUUAACCACAUUAACAAUUUUCUAGGAGAAGACAAGUUUUUAAAGGACUUUCUUCCUAUAGACGCUGCCACCAAUGCUUUAUUCGAUCUAGCCAAAGAUGGAGUUCUUUUAUGUAAGCUGAUUAAUAUAGCCGUCCCUGGUACAAUAGAUGAACGUGCCAUUAACACUAAAAAAGUUCUUAAUCCAUGGGAAAGAAACGAAAAUCAUACUCUUUGCCUCAAUUCUGCAAAGGCUAUAGGCUGCACUGUUGUCAACAUUGGCACACAGGAUUUGGCUGAAGGAAGACCUCACCUAUUACUCGGGUUGAUUUCUCAAAUAGUUAAGAUACAACUUCUAGCCGAUGUUGAUUUCAAGAAAACUCCUGAGUUGGCCGAAAUGGUUGAAGAUAGUAAGGAAGCAGAAGAGCUCAUGAGUUUGGCCCCCGAAAAAGUUCUGUUGAAAUGGAUGAAUUACCAGUUAAAAAAAACAGGCUACAAGAAAGAAGUUACAAACUUUUCGUCCGAUCUAAAGGAUGGAGAGGCGUACGCUCAUUUACUCAAUGUUCUUGCUCCCGAACACGGAAGCACUAAAACUUUGGAGACAAAAGAUCCAACAGAAAGAGCAAAAUUGAUUAUUGAGCAAGCUGAGAAACUUGAUUGUAAAAGAUAUGUUACAUCGAAGGAUAUCGUGGAAGGAUCUACAAAUUUAAAUCUUGCAUUUGUUGCCCAAAUAUUCCAUCAAAGGAAUGGGCUUAAAGUAGAUAAAGCAAAGACUACGAAUGUGCUUGCUGAAAUGAUGACGGAUGAUGAAACCACAUCAAGGGAAGAAAGAUGUUUCCGAAUGUGGAUAAACAGUCUUGGAGUUGAAACACAUGUUAACAAUGUGUGGGAGGAUAUCAGAGACGGAUGGGUUCUUUUGGAAGUUCUUGAUAAACUUGCACCAGGGUCUGUUACAUGGAGGCUAGCAAACAAACCUCCGAUUAAAAUGCCGUUUAGAAAAGUUGAAAAUUGCAAUCAAGUUGUAAGCAUUGGAAAGGAAUUAAAUUUUUCUCUUGUGAAUGUUGCUGGGAAUGACAUUGUUGCAGGAAACAAAAAGCUUAUAAUAGCUUUCUUAUGGCAGUUGAUGAGAUUUAGCAUGCUUCAACUCUUGAAAAACUUAAGAACUCAUGGACAUGGAAAGGAAAUAACGGAUGCUGAUAUUUUACAAUGGGCAAACAAGAAAGUGAAAGAUACAGGGAAAUCAGGACACAUGGAUAGCUUCAAGGAUAAACGCCUAUCAGAUGGUAUUUUCUUUCUUGAGCUUCUUAGUGCAGUGGAAAAGAGGGUGGUAAACUGGGGUCUUGUUACCAAGGGCGAGACCGAGGAGGAUAAGAAGUUAAACGCAACGUAUAUAAUUAGUGUUGCAAGAAAACUGGGGUGUUCUAUCUUCUUAUUGCCUGAAGAUAUUCUCGAGGUUAACCCGAAGAUGAUUUUGAUCCUAACAGCAAGCAUUAUGUACUGGAGCUUAUUACAGAAGGCUAAAGUUAAUGAAGACGAUAGACCACCAGAUGAACCCACUGUUGCAACAGAAGAAGUAGAGGGAAAUCCAGCCAUGGAUGAAGCUGCAACUGAUGAUGGUGGUACUGGUACCACAGACAAAGAAGAAACGGUAACAGAAGAAGGGAAUAGUUAG